AUCCUAAGAAUUGAUUUGUCUGGCUGCGUGGUUCGCCUGGGAUGGGGAAAACUGUGAUAUCUAUGAGUGUAGCUUCCACGCUUGACAAGCAGCACACCCUUGCAGCAUCCUUCUUCUGGGAUAAGAACCAAGAGGGAACAGGACUCGAUUCGAUAUCACGCUUCCCCUCCACCCUUGCCCAACAGCUUGCGGCAUUCAAUGCCGAGUAUCAGAACUCGCUUAUCAGGCAACUUCGGGAUCCCGCUUUAUUCAGCAGUAUUGAUGGUUCUCCUCUAGAGAAAGAGGUGAAAGCUUGGAUCAUCAACCCUAUGCGUGAACUUGGGGGUGUAUUGUCUUCAGGAAAGGGUCACCCAGUGAUCCUCCUUGGAACGAUUCCUGAGCAUGAAGUGCACUCGAUACUCAAGCCCCUUAGCUCAAUAAUCGAUAUACCUUCAGCGAAAAAAGGGCCUGUCAAAUUUUCCCAUGCAACAGUGAAGGAAUUCAUCACCGGGAUUCCGAUUGGCAAGAAAGGGUAUUCAAUUGGGUUGCAGCUCCUCUGGUGUAUGAAUGGUGUCAUUAAAAGGAAUGAGUUCGGUCUCCCCACUGAACUUCCUUUGGGAGAUGAAGAAAAGUGGAAGUCUAGGAACAACACUCCAGCACCCAAGCAUGUCAACUAUGUGCUUACACACCUGUUCCAACACUUGGACCCUUUGCUCCUCUUUUCACAAGAGUCUAAUGAAUUGCAGAGAGAAUUUGAACAAUUUUGGACACAAAAACUUGAUCUCGUUCUUCCGAGCAGGAGUUCCCCAUGGCAUGCUUAUCAAUCUGGCCUUCCAUUCUCUCCAAUGUCAUCACCCGUGUACAAAUAUUAUGGUCAUCUCUCAGACCCUGUUCGAGUGUUCAGUGUCUCCAGCAAGUUCGCCGGUGGCUUAAUUCCUUUAUCCGAUGAGGCACAUGGAGCUCGAAGGGUGAUGGAGGUGGAGCUACCUAAAUUGCCGAAGAACUGUAGAUGGGAGACCAAUUAUAAAGCCGAGUUUCUUAACAACAAUGUUCGCAAUGGCAUUGUGACCUGUGCAGCGCUCUCAAGAGAUGGCCAUCAUGUAGCGCUUGGAUUUGGAAGUGGUAUUAUCAAAGUAGCUGACAUUGACAAUCAGUGCACAAUCUGUCAAUUCCACAGCGAUUCUUCCAUUCCUCCUGUUUGGAUUGAAUUUAUCCAAGGCGGUAAUGCCCACAUUGUCACUGAAGAUACUCAAGGAAACACUACCAUUUUCCGCCAUGAAAUGCCUGCAGUAAACCUUGGCAUUCUUCCCAGUAGUCAUUACCUUCCUCUAACUGCAGUGUCGGACAAUGGAUGUUUUAUUGUACGAGUCCCACGAAAUUUUAAAGAUGUUUGGUAUGAGAACACAACACUCUUUCUCCCAAAUACUUUUCCUCUCCUUUGCGACACUCGCUUGGAUUCUCUCCUGGAGGCCGAUAUGUCUGCGCUUACGAUGCACAUGAUUCUUUUGUCUGGUCAACAUAUUCAGUUUCAACAAGUGGAUCAUCAAUACUGGAGUUGCCCCCCAUUGCUCAUAUUCCAUCCCCAACCCCAUGACCCUUCGAUCUGCCAUUCCUUUGGUCCUGGAAAUGGAUAUGAACUGUGGACAAACUUCCAACUCGUCAUUGUCCAGGCACGGCUCAGAUGA